UUUGUUUUGUUGUUGUGUUUGUCUGUUUUAUGUAUCAACCUCUAACUAGCCCAUUCUAUAAAUCCAUAUGCCCACCUCUCCUAAAACCCUCCGGCUGCAACGAAAUUUGGAAGGUGCUAGCUUGAGGGAAAUGGCCAGUACCGGAGCAGCGGCCGAGGGAAUAUUCAGAUCAUGUCUGUAUGAGGGUUGCAUUUCAGGCUGCGAUACCUGGAUUGAGCGCCGACCUUACCAUCGGAAUUGCACCUGUGCACUCCACAAGCCACGUAAUGGAAGCUCCCAUGUUGUAUCGAACAACAUGUGCAAAAAGAACGUGUCUUACCCCAUCAGGAGGUCCUGGAGUGAGGGCUCCUUGGCCUUGCACGCUGCAGCUUCCUCUAACCAUUCAUCGCCUUCUUCUUCACCAUUACUUGUGGUUGGGGCUCAUGCAGCGAGGGGGCCACAGUCGUCGAGUUUGUUUGAUCAAGAUCCGGACUGA